CACGGUCGAUUGGUGUAGUUGGUUAUCACGUCAGUCUAACAUUACACAAUGUGAACACUGAAGGUCGGCGGAUCGAGCCCGCCAUCGAUCAUUGUUUUUGCCCUUCUAGUCAGAUUGGACCCCAUCAUUUUGCUCUUUCCUCACAACCCAGAUGAGGCUGUCUGUCGUCAAAACAGUGUGUUGCUUUAUUAUUCGUGUUUUUCUUUUGACAAUGUUUGGUUUUGGUGUGGGUGUUUUUAUGGACGUCUUGCAGCCUGUGGUACUGACCUCAAUGAUAAUUAUUCGGCCCACUGAGAGCUGAUUAACCCCGACCAGUAUCCGGUUUACACGAAUUCUGUACUGCACAAUUGAGCAUUGUGCUCAUUUCAAAUGUUGAAGACAAAAAAUCAGUCUA